UGGGCAGGGCACCAUUUCAUUAGAGUUGCUGGAGCAAGUCCAAGAUAUUGACACAAUAAUAGUCCCAAUUAGUGGUGGAGGGUUGAUUUCUGGUGUGACAUUGGCCGCAAAAGCAAUCAACCCUUCUAUUUGUAUUUUGGCUGCUGAGCCAAAGGGUGCUGAUGAUGCAGCUCGAUCAAAGGUAGCAGGAAAAAUUGUGACGCUACCAGAGACCAACACCAUUGCUGAUGGGCUUCGAGCUUUUCUUGGAGAUCUCACUUGGCCAGUGGUGCGGGAUUUAGUGGAUGAUAUCAUCACUGUAGAUGAUGGGAAGAUUGUAGAAGCCAUGAGAAUGUGCUAUGAGAUUCUGAAGGUGGCUGUGGAGCCUAGUGGGGCCAUCGGUCUUGCUGCUGUUCUUUCUGACAAGUUCCAGCAAAAUCCUGCUUGGAAGAAUAGCAACAAAAUUGGAAUCAUUCUCUCUGGAGGCAAUGUUGAUCUCGGUGUGCUUUGGAAGUCAUUUGGCAAAUAAAUAGUAGAGGUUUUUUCAAUUGAAGUGCGUAACUAGCACAGAGAAAUAACUUCAUUGGAAAAUUAUAAUUAUAAAAAUUGAUAGAGGGCAUGUAUUGUCUGCUAAAUAUGCCAUAGCUAUGGUUGCCUGAUAUUUGCAGGUUCUGUUCAGUUUGAUUUGGUGUACCAUUUGCAGCUUGCGAAGUCAAAUAAUAUUAACACAUUGAGCUAACCUGGACAACAAUUUCAGCAAUGUACCAUCUUGAAGUACAAAGCCCAGUAUCAGACAAAUCUAAAAGAACAUUCAAGCAUUUAAGCAGCAGUGUCUUCCUCUCAUUUCUCAUGUUGAUGUGUUACUCCUUGAUUAGUCCUAUUGCGAGUAGUGCCAUACCGUUGCCAGAGCCUGAGAGGCUAGUUAUCGCAGGGUGUUGGAUAAUUUUUCAAUUGGCUAAACCUGAAGGAAGUCCAAAGAUGUCUCCAGAUACUUCACCAUGGUUGACAGAUUCAACUUCCAGGGCAUCUCUGGACCCUUUUUUUCUUUCUGUAGGUUGUUUUUUGAGGAGUAGGGGAGGCUGGAAUAGAUCAGCCACCCAUCUUCUUUCUAUAGGUUGUUAUAUGGAGAUAGUGAAUGUUUAGCAAAAUCUUUCCAAUAUGAAUGAUGUAUUUCUCAAUUAUGUAUUUUGUUAUUAUUUUUUUAAGAGACAAAGCUAGCAGCCAAUUUCUGGUCUAA